ACCUUAUCCACCUAUUUGACCUAAAAAAACCCUAAACGCUUCUUUUCACCCAUAGAUCCAAUGGACGACAACAACAACCAGCAACCACCACCCACCUCCGCCGUAAUCCCUCCUCCUCCUCCAGGAUCCAUCCCCGGAGGAGGAACCCCAUUCCACUACCACCACCCCCUCCACCAGCAACAACUCCAACAACUCAAAACCUUCUGGGCCCACCAACGAACCGAAAUCGAAAACUCCAACGACUUCAAGAACCACCAGCUCCCCUUAGCACGCAUCAAGAAGAUCAUGAAAGCCGACGAAGACGUCCGCAUGAUCUCCGCCGAGGCGCCAAUUCUCUUCGCCAAGGCGUGCGAGCUUUUCAUCCUCGAGCUCACCAUCAGAUCCUGGCUCCACGCCGAGGAGAACAAGCGCAGGACGCUUCAGAAGAACGACAUCGCCGCGGCGAUCACAAGAACUGAAAUUUUUGAUUUCUUGGUUGAUAUUGUGCCGAGGGAGGAGGUUAAGGAGGAGGAGGAGGGGGGAGAGGUGGGGUUGGGAGGUGUGGUGGUUGGGAAUGUUCCUUAUUAUUAUAAUGCUCAGAUGAUGGGGGGCCAGCAGCAGCAGCCUGUGGGGAUGGGGAUGAUGGGUGGGGGAGGAGUUUAUGGGCAGGUUGCUCCGUCUCAGGCGUGGCAGAGUGUUUGGCAGAAUAAUGGUGGUGAUGAUGUUUCUUAUGGGAGUGGUGGAGGAAGUGGAAAUGUUGAUCAUCAAGGGUGAGAGAGCUUGGAAAGAUUUUCAGAUGCUGCUUUUUUCUUCAAACCAGAAGCUGUUGCAUGUGUCUGAUUCGUAUGUCUGAGAGAAGAGAGACAACAACAAAACACUCUUUUCAUUCUAUUCCCUUGUUAACUUAUAUUGCAGCAAAACUGCAGACUUGUUUAACUAUCUAAUCGUAAUGUGCAGAUUCUAAUUUAUGUUUUUUUAUUCUACUCUUGCUUCUUGUUAAUGAAUUGAAUACAUUUGAGGAGGACAUGGAGUUUUUUCUUUGUUUCUUUUAUGGUUGACGAGUUUUAGAGCUCGUAAAACGUAUAUUGAGCAUUGGAUUGUAUAAAUAAGCUUGUCUGCAUGGUGAAAAUUCGUGCAGUUUU